UACUGAGUUUUGAAUAGUUUUGGGCUUUGGAGUUUGGAUAAGUGAAAAUGGAAAAAAAGGAAGAUUUUUUAUUAUUAUAAAUCCUCAAUCACUUGUGUUAUUACAAUAUUCGACUUUUCAAUGUUUUAGUAAAUGCCUUUGGGAACUUUCUUUCAACUAGUCUUUUAUUAUCUUUUUUUUUUUUUUUUUCCUUGAAAGAAAAAAAAUAAAUUUCUGACUAAGAACCGUCGACUAUUUAACAUAUAUUUGCUUUCAUCUUUAAAUGUUGAAUGGUUCUUCGUCAUACGCAGCGCACUGAUCUAUGACUUUUGGUGAUGUAUAUUGGAAAAACUUGCAUUUACAGAUCGUCCCAAUUUAGAACUCAAAUUAUUUACAGCUUUGAUCUCUUUUUCUGCUUUGGUUUGGUUGACUUUUGUAUGAAUCUGCAAUUCUGUACUUAGCGGUCUGUCUAAACUUUUGGACUAAGUUUUUUGAAAAAAGUAACAUGGAGGACAAGCACAGAAUCAAGAAAGAUGUUACUGAAUUAAUUGGAAACACGCCGACAGUGUAUCUCAAUAAUGUUGUGGAUGGUUGUCUAGCCCGAAUCGCUGCCAAGCUAGAGAUGAUGGAACCCUGCUCUAGUGUUAAAGACAGGAUUGCACACAGUAUGAUUCAGGACGCAGAGGAUAAGGGUCUUAUCACACCGGGGAAGACUGUCCUCAUCGAGCCUACCAGUGGCAACACCGGCAUUGGAUUGGCAUUCAUUGCAGCAGUCAAGGGCUAUAAGCUUAAACUAAUCAUGCCAUCUUCAAUGAGUAUUGAAAGAAGAAUUGUGCUUCGAGCUUUUGGAGCUGAGGUGUACCUCACAGAUCCUGCUAAGGGCUUUAAAGGGGUUCUAGAUAAGGCUGAGGAGGUGCUAGCUAACACACCUAACGGUUAUAUGCUUCAGCAAUUUGAAAACCCUGCCAAUCCAAAGAUUCAUUAUGAUACCACUGGCCCAGAAAUAUGGAGAGACUCAGGAGGAAAAGUCGAUGCCCUGGUUUCAGGGAUAGGGACUGGGGGUACAGUAACUGGUGCUGGGAACUUCCUAAAGGAGCAAAACCCAGCAAUCAAGGUGUAUGGGGUAGAGCCGGUUGAAAGUGCAAUCUUGAAUGGUGGACAGCCUGGGAAGCAUCUGAUCCAAGGAAUUGGUGCUGGUUUCAUACCUGCUGUUCUGGAUGUUGGCCUACUUGAUGAAGUUAUUCAGGUAUCAAGCGAGGAAGCUAUUGAAACUGCUAAGCAGCUUGCCCUGAAAGAAGGUUUGCUGGUAGGGAUUUCAUCUGGUGCUGCCGCUGCUGCUGCAAUUAAGUUGGCAAAGAGGCCAGAAAAUGCUGGAAAACUCAUUGUUGUUGUAUUCCCAAGUUUUGGAGAACGUUAUCUGUCUUCUGCAUUGUUCGAUUCCAUUAGGCAUGAGGCAGAAAACAUGACUUUCGACUGAAUGUAUUUUGCUAUAUAUAUAUAUAUAUAUAUAUAUGUAUGCUUUCAGCAGCCAAUGGUUCUUGAACUGCCAAAACAACGCUAUUUUUGUAUGGAAAUGGGAGCUUGAAUUGGAACUAGUGCUUAUGCCUUAAAAUAAACAAAUUUUGUAUGUGACAAAGUUAAUUUCUUGGUAUAUAUAUCCUAUUGACAAAGCUCAAA